AUGCAUUUCCAACUCAUCCAGUCUGCAGCUCUGUUGGCAGCUGUCCUCCCGACGGCCCUCGCAGCCGUUCCCUCUGAUAACUUGGAGCGCCGAGCUGAGUGGCCUACCACCACUCAUGAUAUCGAGCUUUCCGAGUUGGGAAACAUCGAGUUGUACUCUCAGAAUGAGAACCCUGCCAAUGUGGUUCAGAGAGAGCUCGAAGCGCGAAGCUCCGCGUCUGCCUUUGUCUGCAGAGGUCGUCGCCCCCUGCCCCGCAGCGGCGGAAAGGUCUCCUGCAUGGCCGAGAACUCCCACGCCGACAUCCUUUACCGCCUCCCCGGCGCCUGCGGCAAGAAUCAGUGGUGCGUCGAGUUCCACGGCUACAACGAGAUUGGCCAGGGCGCCUGGGACGUCACCUGCGUCGACAAGCCCAACAUUCACACCUGGGUUGCCAACACCUUUUCCAACCCGGGCCAGGUCACCACCUGCAGCUCCGGAUGGAACAACAACGGCAAGCGCAACCUCAAGGCCACCUUCGAGGUCGAUGUCAUGGAUGCUGGUGGAAUCAACCGCAUCAACCCCAAGGAGAUCUACUACCAGCUUAGCGGAAAGCGUAUCGGUGUCUCCCGGUCUGGUGACUCUGAGGUUGGUUCGGGAUCAGUCAUUAUUCCUCCUGGUGGAUCUAUCCAGGCAUGCGUCACCGCGUACUCUGGGCAGAUCAUCAACAUGCUUGGUGCUCUUACUUCUAUCGUGUCGCUUUAG